CCUGCAGCCAGCAAGUUCUUUCCCCUGUCAUUUCUAAGCAGCAUCUUCUCCACUUGCAGUUACUAUGUGGGCAAGCUGCUGCAACUGGUUGUGUCUGGAUGGCUCCCCCGAGGAGAUGCAGCCGGGAGCCAGGGCCCAGGCCUACUCCAACCCGGGCUACAGCUCCUACCCAUCCCCCACCGGCGCCGAGCAGAGCUGCAAGGCCUGCGGGCUGCACUUCGACAGCUCCUCCAGCAAGCACAUCUGCUUGGACUGCAAGAAGAACUUUUGUACCUCCUGCUCGAGCCAGCCCGAAGGUGGCCCUCUGCUCUGCCACCUCUGCCGGCGUUUCCGAGCCACGGCCUUCCAGCGGGAGGAGCUGCUGAGGAUGAAGGUGAAGGAGCUGCGAGACUACCUGGCCCUGCGGGAGAUCUCCACCGAGCUGUGCCGCGAGAAGGAGGACCUGGUGCUCCUCAUCCUGGACCUGCAGCCUGUCAUCACCCAGGAAGAUCAGAUAAGAACAAACCCAUUCUCUCCCAGUGCCUCUGGACAGCAGGGCUUUGUGAUUCUCCCACCGAGAGGCACAGCCUCUCCUACCUCACACGGUGCAGCUCCGCUGUCUGCAGACCCCACCUCGAGGGCAGGAGCUCAGGAGCAGGAAGAUGGUUUUGUGCCUCCAGGCCUCGUGGGUAUGGCAGGAGUGGAGAAUGCAGCAGAAGCACCAGCAGAGGAGGAGGCACAGUCAACUGACUCAGAAGACAACCUGGUGCAGGGCAGGAAGGCUUCUCUGUCCGACCUGAGCAGCAUCACCGACAUCAACGCCCUGUCUGUGCGGCAGCUGAAGGAGAUCCUCGCUCGCAACUUCGUCAACUACAAAGGCUGCUGUGAGAAGUGGGAGCUGCUGGAGAGGGUCACUCGGCUGUACAGGGAGAAGGACCUCCAGCACCUGGUUUCUGACACUGAUGAUCAAACUGGUGCUGCUGGGCUCCCUGGUGUGGAGGAGAACCUGUGCAAGAUCUGCAUGGAUGCAGCCAUCGACUGUGUGCUGCUGGAGUGCGGGCACAUGGUGACGUGCACCAAGUGCGGGAAGCGGAUGAGCGAGUGCCCCGUCUGCAGGCAGUACGUCGUCAGGGCUGUCCACGUCUUCAGGUCCUAGGGGGGCCUCAGGAGGACUGCUGAUGCCUUAAAGCCUCAUCUGCUCUUAGGGACAUGGUCAAUGUUGCUACAGUUAGGUCAGAGAUAGGCACAUGGACCCCCCUGAAGCUGGAAGUGAGGGAAGGCGAAGCCUGGGAGGGUUGCUCUCCCUCCAGCCUCGCCUGGCUGUGCUCUUCUCUCAGCAGUGCUUUACACCACAGUGCCUGGACUCCUUGGAGCAGCCUGCCAGCAGCAGACAGCCCACACUCCAGAGGAACCUGAGCCACCAGUGCUGGGGGCAGACUGGCUGCUCCACUCUCCACCACAAAGGCCUCGUUCAAAGGCUCUGUUGUCCCUCCAGUAAUAAACAGAAGCAGGCUGGGGGCUCGGGAUGUGGCCUUGGGUUUGCUGCUUGGGCCUUGCCGCCAGCAACUUCGUUCUCCCAAGACUGAAUUGUGCUUCUUAAUGUUAGUGUUGUUAAUUUAAUGUCAAAUUCCUCUGCUUGCAGGCCAGGCAGCCAGCCUCCCCUUCCCAUAUCAGAGUAAGUGUGACCCUAGAGCAGCUGGCAUUUGAUUUGCAGCGCUGAGAAAUGUCAGUGCCCCACGGAGCCUCAGCUGCUCUGCUGCUUGCUUGAUGUGCCAGGGAGAGGGAGGUUGCUCCUCUGGCAGCUCUUGGUUCUUUGGACUUCAGGGGCUGUGAACUGCCCUCCCUUAAGGAGCUGCAAGUCUUUGAGAGGCUUCAGUGAGGAAAACAAACAGCUGAAGAGAAGCAAAGGAGGAUUCCAUUGCUGCACAAUCACACUGAAGUGCAGGUGACGUUUAGAGGGGAGAUGAGGCAAGCAAGCCACCUCCCCUGAACUGCUAAGAGACAGUCAGGGCAGAGCCUUUUUCACUCCUCAGCUCCCCACAUCCUCCCCUCUGCUCAGCUUUUCAGCCCUGCUCUGGUCAGGCUGCUCACCAGCAGCAACUGAAUCUGUGCUGUGGCUGUGAGGGGGGCCAGGGGGUGCUGUGGUCAGCUGUGACAAGGACAAGCCCCUGCAGCUGGCCUGCCCAGCACCUUCAGUUGGGCACCUCUCAGUGUGACUGGCUGCCAGCACAGCCUCUUUCACAACCUUGAAGCCUUAAGCUUUCAGCACCACACUCAACUGCCUGUGAAGCUCUCCUGCUGCUGCUGGCUUCCCCCUGUGGCUGCCAGCAGAGAAGAGAGUGAAAAGCAGGUGUCCUGUUGGAGCUGCUGGAGCAAGGGGGUGCAGCUACAGCAAGGCCUGGUUAGGGACGUGCUUAGAGAUGUUAACAGCCAUCAGCUUCACCAGGGAACACUGCAGGAGGAGCAACUGCUCCUGGCUGCAACCCACAGAGCCCACAGGGUGAAGAAAUGUGUCCCUCAGGAGGCAGCAGAUACUGACUGGCAAGGUGGGCUCUCAGCUCCACACAAACACAGCAGCUGCUGAGGUUUAUUGAACUAAAAGCUCCAAUCUUUACCUCCUUCCCUGUUCAGGUUGUUCCCUGAUCCUUGGCUUAAGGUUUAGCAGCUUCCAGCCUGAGCAGAGCACAGCUCCAGGUUGAGGCAUGGUUAAUAAACAGGGAGAGGAGGUAAGCAGUGACUGGGUUUGCUCCUCAGGAGGCUCAUGGGGACCUCUGCCAGGGGCACAGCAGUGCAGGUACAAAGUGCUGAAGAGCCUCACUCGAUUCACUGUGAAAAUCCCUUUGUCAGGUUUUGCAAUGAGCUCAGGGCUGGGGAAUUGAGAGGCCCCUCCAGGCCAGAGGUAGCUGUAGAGGGUUGGCUUUGUGCUGCAGCAGGUCACUGCCCAGCAGUGUAGU